UUAAAUUAUAAAGUUGGAGAGGAAAUAAUUUUUUUUAAGUUUCCAAAGUUAAAUGAAAAUUAGUUACUAAAAACAAUUUAACCAUUAAAAAUUUGUUUUAUUUAAUAAACUAUGCCAAAAGUAGUGUCUAGGAGUAUAGUAUGUUCAGAUACUAAAGACCAAGAAGAAUACAAUGAAGAAAGACCAUUACACUCAUAUUAUUGUUUAUGUGGACAAAUGACACUUAUUUUAGAUUGUGCUAUUGAAAAAUUACCUUUACGUAAACGUGAUGGAGCUAGAGUAAUUGAUGGAGCCAAACAUGCUAAUAAAUUGACUUUUGACCAAGAUGAAAUAAUAUAUUUAAAAAGGCCUGAAGGUAUUGAAAAACAACACCGGUAUAAAUGUAAAAAGUGUGGUUUAUUUCUAUACUAUAAACAUCAGACUACUUCUAAUGUUUUUUUUAUUGUACAAGGUGCAAUAAUGAAAUGCACGGGUGAUGCCCCUAAAAUGGACAUUUAUAAUCAAGUAGCAGUUGACAAACCUAAAAAAAUUAUGGUAACUAAACAUACAAAAAAUAUGGGCAAGUUUAGCUCUGUAACAGUGUCUACUAUAGAUGAAGAGGAGGAUGAAAUAGAAGCUAGAGAAGUAGCCGAUUCUUAUGCAAAUAAUGCUCGUAUAAUUGAAAAGCAACUUGAAAGAAAAGGGAUGUCUAAACGUAAAGCAGUAGAUAUUGUUGAGCCAGAAAUUGCUUUAGAUAUAAAAAGACAUACACGUGGAACGUUAUUAGAAAAAUAAGACUUGUUAAAAAUAAAUAAUUGUGUAUAAUUUGUAACUUUUAAAAUAAAAAAUAUUUCAGUAAUAAU